AUGCGCUCCGGAGCUGCAACAGCGGCAGUUUUCUCACGGUCAGGUCAUGGUGGAAAUAAGCAUUCCGAAGGCUGGAGUGCCGCCGUGAAACAUGCCAGAGAGUCCGGGUCCCCGCAAGGAGAUGGCCAGUCUGAGACAGAAGGAAACUACGGAUACGGAGAGAAGGACAUGUUACAACUUGCAGCAGGAUCGGUGGUCAAAGUGCAGAACUUCCCUGCAUCCUGGGUGGAGGACAAAGCCCUCCCAAUGCUUUCAGCGAAAUUGGCCAAAUUGUGGCCAAGGCAGAAAGAUCCGGAGGCUCCAGUGAUUUUGUGCCCUGUCAAAGGUGCAGCAAAGCCGAAAGCCGGCGUGCUGCAUAGUUGA